AACCACCCAACAGUUUCUGAGAAAUUAUCUUAUUCGAAGGAGAUCCUCAUUCUUAUUCGAGACGAAAAGUCUCGGAAAUCGUUGAAAGGUCGCCUAGGACUACUUCGUCAGUUUUAUACAAAGAUCUUUCUAUGACUGGAUGAAACUGUAGCAAGUUAGUAUGGUUAUUGCCUCAAACUUUCUCUUCAGAUAGAUGGACUAACAGUGUUAAAGCCUGAAGUCGCAAAGAUGGACGAUGACAGUGACUUCAGCUUGAUUCAGCCAUCGCUGAUCACGCAGCUGAGGACCAUCCUUGAUCAGUACCCAGAUGAUGGACAGAUAUUGAAGGAACUCAUUCAAAAUGCGGAGGAUGCGAAUGCCAGACAUGUUAAGUUUUUGCAUGACAAAAACAGUUAUGGAACUGAAUAUCUCUUUGAUGAGGAGCUCUCACAAUUUCAGGGUCCAGCACUUUAUUCCUACAACGAUGCGACGUUUGGGAAAGACGACUGGAAAGGAAUACGUCUUGUUAACGAUAGUAUCAAGGUGGAAGACCCCAUGAAAGUUGGUCGGUUCGGCUUGGGCUUUAAGUCUGUACUGCAUAUGACAGAUUUACCAAGUGUGCUUAGCGCUGAAAAAAUUGGAUUCAUUGACCCUCAUGGAGUUUACUUUUCUGAUAAACGGAACAGAAGAACCGGCAGAUGUUGGAGACUUGAUGAGGAUUGUGUGGAGAUGGACAAAAUACCGGAUCAGUUUCUCCCUUUCAAAGGAAUCUUCGACUGUACGGAAGAAGUAUUUUCCGAUGGUUAUUACGAUGGCACACUGUUCCGUUUCCCACUGAGGACCACAUCCUCUGAUCUAUCGAACACACUCUACACCGAAGAGAAAAUGGACACUUUGUUUGAAAGUUUUGAAGCUGAUGCUCACUUCGUUCUUCUGUUUCUGCAACACUUGGAGUCAAUUGAGCUUUACGUUCGAGAAGAGUCACAGGCUAGCCCCAGAAGAACCUUACGGGUUAGAAUUGCCGACAAAAGCCUGGAAGAAGUUCGCCAUAAGAGAAAAGAGUUCCUUUCAAAAAUUAGUCUUGGGAAAUUGAUUCUCCACUCUGUUUCUGUGACUUAUCCGAUCACCAUAGAGACAAUCAAGUUCAGCUCAUCUCAUGAAACGGACCUUCUUCAGCAGUACUCCUUUCUCGUCACCAAUUCCUUUUGUGGAGGAGAGGUUUCAUUGACCUUUAAACGGCUGAUGACAGAUAAAGAGCUAAACUAUCUACCCAUAGUGGGUGUUGCCAUGCCAUUGCCUAAUAAUCCUGAAAUGCAGACGCCAGAUAUCGAGGGCCACGUGUUUUGUUUCUUGCCACUACCAGUUCCGAUGAGGAGCCUAACAGGUCUGCCAGUACACCUAAAUGGCUUCUUUGCUUUGAGUCAGAACAGGCGUUACAUUAAGUUUCCAAAUGCAGAUCAAGAAGAGCGAGAAAGGAUGGGUCGGCAACUGGCAGAUAAGUCACUGUUGUGGAAUAAGUGUCUGCUGGAGGAGGCCAUACCCAGUGCAUAUGCCACUCUGAUUUUACAAGCUAUAAAAGGGGAGUCCUGUUUUCUAUCAAGAACAUCAAUUUACAAAGCGUGGCCAAAUCUUGUCUGUAUUGACCCGAAGUGGAAGAAGCUCAUCAAUCCUUUUUUUAGCACACUGUUACAGCAAAAUGUUGUUCACACAAAUGCAGAUUCUGGACGCUGGAUUAGAGUACAAGAAGCCGUUUUCGACAGACUUGACGUAAAUGACACCAAAGAACUGCUUGUCCGAGUGUUACUGGAAGCUAAUGUGCCAGUGGUGUCUGUACCAAACCAUGUCAUCACGGCCGUUACUUGCUAUACCUUUGCCAAGGAAAUAAACUCCAGCUUGAUGAGAUCGACCAUGAAGAAAACUCCGACAUGUUAUAAAAAGCUUGAUAGGCAUGAAAAACUUUUGCUCCUAGAAUUCUGUUUGAAAGAUGGCAAAUUUAAUGAGAUCUGUGAUUUGGAGCUGUUGCCUCUUUCUGAUGGAAGCUUCAUCAAAUUCGCAAGUCACUCGAAGCCCGUGUAUAUCUGCUCAGAGGAACAUCGUGAACUUUUUCCUGGACUAGAACAUCGUUUCUUAGAUGAAACGAUUGAUGAGGAGAUCACUGAUAAGAAGAUCACUCAGAGGCUUGUAUCUGCAGGAGAGCAAGGAUCCACACAGUUGCGGAUUCUUCAUAAGGAUGAGGUAAGAACUCUUCUUCCACAAGCACUGCCCUUUGAGUGGAGCAACGGAAACACCGUCUCAUGGUACCUUGAAGAUUGUUAUCAUAACCAUCCACCCAAAGGAUGGAUUAGGGUUGUGUGGAGGUAUCUGCAAAAUUAUUUUUCCAAUGCAGGUGAUAUUCUCAGCCUCGGUAAACUGCCGCUGCUUCCGCUAAGCAUGUCAAAGACACCAGUCACCUUGGCGCGACUUAGUGAACCAUCCAGAGUAGUAGUAAAACAUCUAUAUGGUCACUGCCUAGACGACGGUGUUUCAUGUGUUCUUAUCAAGCUUGGUGUGCUUAUCAUGACCGAUUAUCCCUCAUUCAUUGGCCUCCAUCCAGCCGUUUUAGGAAGGUUUGUUCAUCCGCCAUCCGUUCAAGGUGUUUUGAAAGCAAUGGUGGUUUCCUCAAGGAUGAUGGGUAGUGGAAAGCUUCCCGAAAUCGUACGUACAGAACUCUCUACUGAGGAAAAACAACUCCUGAGAUCAUUUUUCGUUAAUGUCAGGGACACACACUUGGGUCCCCUAGAGUCUGAUAUUCUGUGCUCUUUACCAGUUUUUGAGACUUAUUGGAAAAAAUUCGUGUCAAAAAAUGAUGGUCUGAGUGCUGCACCCCCUGAGCCUCUUCCCAUUACACUGAAAAGAGACCUAAUUGAUGUUUCUCAAGAAGACUCAAUGGCUUAUGCACGUCUCCUAAGAGUUAAGAUUCUGGCGCCCAUCGAGUUGCUGUGUCAGGUUGUGUUUCCAGAUGUCGAGCGGGGAUGUUACUCCAUUGAAGAAAUUGACAAGCUGAUGAGCUAUGUGUUGGACCGUUAUGCAAGUAUUAUCCGCAAGAAUGCGCAUUUCAAGCGGAUUUUAAAGAACUUGGGGUUUGUUUCCAGGGAGAGAGGGCGAGCGAGGCCUUAUGAACUCUUUGACCCCCGACAAGCCAAUAUUAAAAAUCUAUUCGUCCACGAGGAUGUUUUCCCUACUUCCACAUACGUUAGCCCUUCAGUACUUAUGGUACUUGAAGAACUGGGAAUGAAAGGCGAGGAUGACGUCACCGCGACUGACCUGUAUCAAAGCGCGAAGGUGGUCAGUAAGUUUCCCGAGCGUCCGACUUCAAAACGGAAAUCUGAGGCAAUCCUUUACUUUCUUGACAAGGAUCCACACAAGAUGCUUGGCCUGGUUAGCGGACAGACAUUGGGGAAGCUAUUGACCACUAUCCCUUGGGUAUCAAGACAAGAACAGCGGCCCUAUGGUUACCCCUCUAGCCUUCCGUUUUGGGAAAGAGAAGAAGGAGAAAUUGAACGACUUUUCAAGCCAAUUGAAUUAAAGAGCCACCAGUUUGCAAACCUAAUUGGAACUGUAAUUCCUGUAGUUGGCGUGGAUAUAUCGAAUGCGAUCAGCAAAUAUUUCGGUUGGCACAAUGAACCUCGUGUCUUCCAAGUACUCCAGCACUUAAAAACUGCGGUUAACUGCUAUUCGCAAGAGAAAAAACCGCACUACAUUGUGAUGUUGACAGAAAUAUACAGGUUUCUAGGUGAGCACUACAAUGAUGUAGCUGAGGCAUUUGACUCCAUUGACGUCUUCUCGUGGGUAUGGAAUGGAGAUGGAUUUUCCUUACCAGGUCACUUACUUGCUACAAGACCAUGCAUUGAUCUCACACCCUACAUACAGUGUCUUCCUUUAGAAAUGAGGCCACAUAAUCGUCUUUUUAUGUACUUUGGCAUGCAGGAGAAAUGCGAUCCAUCUGUUCUGGUGCAGGCCCUUGGGAUGAUGAAGGCGAAACAGGACAAUGAAAUUGUGACUCCUUCAGAAGUGAAACACGAUCUUCAGUUGUCUGUCAAUAUCCUGAACGAGUUGGCGGGUGAGAAUCUAUCUGAAGAGCUCCAAACACACAUCCUGUUCCCAACGUAUCAAGAAGACAAUUCCUAUGUCAGGCUUAAGCCCGUAGAAAGCUGCAUGUAUGGAGAAGAAAAUCACGACGAAGAAAUCGACCACUUCUAUGUACACCCGAGUGUCCCAAAUGCAACUGCUGCGCGUCUUGGUGUGCCAAGUGUAACAAACCGGCUGCUUGAUGCUGAUGAGCUGGCCCUUGGAGAAGAGUUUGGACAAGGAGAGAAACUUACCACUAGACUUAAUCGCGUCCUCGAAGAGUACACGGAUGGCUUUUCAGUUUUAAAGGAGCUUAUUCAAAACGCAGACGAUGCAGGGGCCACAGAGGUCAGAUUUUUGUAUGACGAGAGAACGAAUGAGGAAGCAAUGAGUUGUCUGAUUGACGAGGGAAUGAAGAGUUGCCAAGGCCCUGCGUUGUGGGUUUACAACGAUGCAACAUUUAAGGAUGAAGACUUUGAGAACAUUAAAAAAUUGAACGAAGCAACGAAACAGUACGACACCGAAAAGAUUGGUAGAUUUGGACUGGGCUUCAAUGCAGUUUACAAUUUAACAGAUGUUCCGAUGUUCAUAAGCAGAAACAACUUUGUGAUUUUUGAUCCCCAUACGUCGUACCUCGGGAAGGCUCUUAAAGACAAAAGGAAGCCCGGAAUAAAGAUUGAUGUCAACAAAGAUGUGAGCAGGCUUCGUAACUUUAGAAAUCAGUUUAAACCAUUCAAUGGAAUAUUUGGCUGUGAUCUAAAUCUAAACAAAGAGGACAACUCGUUCAGUGGAACUCUGUUUCGAUUCCCGUUGAGAACAAGUGAGCAAGCUCUCAGAAGUGAGAUAAAAAAGCUGGCGUAUAACGACACACAAAUGCGAGAACUACUACUUAUGCUGGUAAAUGGGGCCAAAACCUUACUUCUCUUUACACAGAACGUCCUCCGCGUUAGCAUUUUUUCUUUGAACACACCCAACGUCCAAGAAGAAACAAUCAAAUUGAUGUUUAAGGUCUCCAAGUCAUUAUCUAAAGAGGGAACGGUAAGAGCCUUGUCCGUCCCUGUUUCCCUUCCUCCCACCGCAAACAUUUUGAAGGUUCAUGAACAGAAUUUCUUGAAGCAAUGCAGUUUCCUUCAAGCGGCGUCGCGAGUUGUUCAAGCAUCCAGAAAGGGACAUGCAAGCACACUGAUUAAGUCCUCGUUGAUAGUUAACGUUCAUUGUGUUUUCACGGAAUGCGGUCUACGUUUCUUUAAACCUGAUGCAGCAACUAUACAUUCCGAAUGUACAGUCUGGCUAAUAGUCUCCUCCAUGGGAGAUGGAAGGGCACUGCAAUUUGCCAAGAAUGAUCUAAGCCUCAUUCCAUCAGGAGGGGUAGCUGUUCAGCUAGUUGCGAUCGACGCCGACAACUUUGUGCCUGUACCUGUUUGUAAGAGUGGUGAUGGAAUUGAUGUCAAUGGGAAUCUUUUCUGCUUCCUUCCUCUUCCCAUCUACAGUGGCCUUCCAGUUCAUAUAAAUGGAGCGUUCGCACUAGCUGCUAACCGACGCCAUUUACAGGAAAAACUCGAUGGUGACAUAGAAUGUUAUGGUGCUGACUGGAACAAAGCGCUGAUGGUAGAUUCCAUCUGCUCAGCUUAUGUCUGUCUCCUUGAAGAUGUAAGGUCAAUUGCUCCAACUGACGGGUCUUAUAAGUUCCAUUCUUUGUGGCCAAAAAUUGAUGAAGUAUUCCCGAAGCUCCGAUGCCUCACGCAAUCAUUUUACACGCAGAUGUCCACUGGAGGUCUUGCGUUGUUUUCUGAUGGAGAGAACUGGUUUACUAUUAACGAGGUGGUAUUCCUUCAUCCAGCUCUUCGAAAUGAUCCUUUGAUUGGCGACACUUCAUUCAGAGUUUUCCAGCUUUUAAUGAGCGACCGCGCAGUGGUUAUUGAUGUCCCUUUUUCUGUCGUUAAUUCUAUCGAAAGCUGUGGAAACGGGGAAGUGAUUAACUCAAAAACCUACGACAAAGAUAGAUUUUUUCGUCAACUCUUUUUCCCGAACAUCUCCGCAGUGCCUUCAGAGAUGAGAGAUACGCUGGUGUUGCAUGCAUUGGAUAACAGCUGUGAUGAUUUGGUCAAAACUCAUUCUUGUAUUCCGGCAUCGCCACUUGGCGAGUCACUUAGACGUCCUUCUGAGCUCAUUCACCCCGGCAAAGAUGCAGCUCGCCUCUUUCUGCCUGAAGAUGGCAGAUUUCCAUGUGGAAAUGCAGAAACCUUUAUGAAUCCUGGGCGACUUGCAAAGCUUGAGCUUUUAGGAAUGGCAUCGGAUUAUCUUCCUUGGCAGGAAAUGGCAGAAAGAGCUGAAAGUAUCAAUGAACUCAGGUUUGUAAACAGUGAAGCAGCGGAGGAGAGAGCGAUUGAAUUUGUGAAAUCUCUAGAGAAGAAGGUAGAGCGCAAAGAUGAAACUUCUUCAGAGCUGAUAAGACAAAGAAUACUGGAGGCUCAGUUUCUUCCAGCUCUGAGUAAUCCAGUUAACUUUCCUUUACCUUGGAAGGCUGAAGAGUAUGAAAAAAAUGUGCUGUUCGCCCCAAUAGAUGUGUUUCUAGAAAAGGAAAAGUAUCGCUUGUGUAGCUUAAAGCCGCUUAUCGGGUUGUCCAUCUCUCAAGAUGUUGAGGAGUUUCUAAAUCUUAGGAAGAAGCACGCAAAGCUAAACCAUGUCAUAUUGCAACUGAAAGUGGCGAUGGCUUCCGAAGUUGAGUCGUCAAACGCUAAGGAAAUCGUAGAGAUAAACUCAGUAUGCAGAGCAGUCUAUUCCUACUUAGAAAGAGCCAUCAGUAAAGGGGCAACCAUCAACGAUAUUCCACAGGACCAGAAAUGUAUUUUAUAUGAUAGAGAGUUUCUUUACCCAAGUCAGGUGGCUUUUCAUCUCAACAAUGAUUGUGCGCCAUAUCUUUACCAGCUUCCAAAAGGGUAUGCAGAAGAUUUUCCCAAGCUUUUGAGAGUCUUCGGUGUCAAAGAAUGUUUUGACGAGAAUGAUUUUAUCUUAGUUCUACGGCAGAUCAAAGAGUUAUUUUCUGAAAACGAACUGGACGAGAAAAAUCUUAAAGUAGCAGUACGUCUGGCAGUACAACUUGGAGAAAGACUACAAACAAGUAGAAAUGACCCUGCUUUAUUAAAAGAAGAGCGGGAAACCAUUUACCUUCCCGACUCUUCGGGAGUGAUGAGGGAAAUAUCUGAGCUUUGUAUUAAGGACUGCCCAUGGAUGCCUGACGAAGAAGGAGUACAUUUUGUUCAUGCGAAAGUUCCUUGGCCAACUUGUGACCAUAUUGGUGUGAAAACUCGAAGAGAAGAGGCUCUGCGGUACCACAUGGUUAGAAUGUCCUUUGGACAGAAAGAGGAACUUACAAAUCGCCUGAAACGCAUUCUUCAGUGUUACCCUUGCGAAAGAGAAAUUUUGAAAGAACUUCUUCAAAAUGCAGACGAUGCACAAGCGACCGAGAUUUAUUUUAUAAAGGACCCGAGACACCAUCCGGAUAAAAAGGUUUUUGAAGAUUGUUGGAAACCUCUACAAGGCCCCGCUUUAUGUGUGUAUAACAACAAGCCUUUCACCAAUGUUGAUCUUGAAGGCAUUCAGAUCCUCGGUAAGGGUACUAAGGGUGAAGAUCCGAACAAAACAGGCCAGUACGGGGUGGGCUUCAAUGCUGUUUAUCACCUGACUGACGUGCCGUCUUUCGUGUCCCAUGGAAAGGAGAUUGGAGAUGUUCUGUGUGUAUUUGACCCACAUUGCAAGUAUGUUCCAGGCGCCACUCUAUCAGAGCCAGGAGGUAGGUUCAACGAAACAGCUACUCUCAGGAAGAAAUUCCCUGAUGUAUUUCCUUGCUACUUAUUAGAACACUUUAAGAUUGACAACGCAACCAUGUUCAGAUUGCCGCUAAGGACCGAAGAUAUGGCUCGCGAAUCAAAAAUUUCUUCAAACCCUGUGUCAGUGAAAGAACUGGAUUUUAUGAUGGAACGGCUUAAAGAAGAAAUGUUUGAGGUCCUGCUCUUUGUGAACAAUGUCAGAAAGAUUACCGUUUGUGAGAUCGAUAAAGUAAGUAACAAUCUAGCGAAUUCCUACACAGUGGAAGUAGCGAUGUCGAAAAAAGAUGAAGCCAAGAGGAAAGAAUUUGCUGAUCACAUCAAACAGAUUGCAAAGUUGGCAAAGGAGGAAGAUGGGAUUGAUCCAAGAAAGAUACCAACGAAAAAAGUGUCCUACGUCUUGAAAAUAACAGACAGCUGUGGCAACACGGAAAAGUGGCGAAUUGUGCAAAAGGUUGGUUUUGAAAAAGAUGUAAAAGAAAGUAUCGUUGACGCGUUUAAGAGGCAAGAGCUUGGAAUUCUUCCUCGCGGUGGUGUUGCCUGUCUUUUGGAGAACAAACAUCGCAGGUAUUCAUCUCCAAGAAAAAAAAAAGCCUACUGUUUUCUACCUCUCCCUCUUGAGACAAACCUUCCAGUUCACGUAAAUGGCCACUUUGCGUUAGACCACGAAGCAAGAAGGAGUUUGUGGAGAGAUGACGAAAACCGUGGUGGAUAUCGCAGUGACUGGAAUAAUUUGUUAUUGCAAGAUGUCGUAGCGUCAUGCUACAUCACGAUGUUGCUCGAGGUGCGGGAUUUUCUUAAAUUGUCAGACGCAAACCCUGAAACUGAAAGUAUGAUUCUGAGCAAAAUAAAAGUGUACGAAUCUUUUUUCCCUCGUCAGAUGCCCUCCGAUAAGUACUGGAAGACACUGGUUGAUUCUGUCUAUCAUCAAAUGAACAGGAUGAAAGUAAAAAUUCUGCCAGUGGUUAAAAAGAGAUCCCUUGAUUGUUCAUCAAAAAUUACUCCAGAAAGCGCAGCUGCUGAGAUUACUUGGUUUCCGCCGACUGGCAUUGGUAAACAUCAAGCAUUUUUUGACGAUCUUGAAUCAAGCGGGCCCUUUUCGGUAACGCCUGAUAAGCGUAAAGAGGAGAAUCAAGCAAAAUGCCGAAAGCUGUUGAAAAGUAUUUUACUUGAGAGUGGUUUUAAUCUGGUAGUCUCCUCGUUGGCAUUACAUCAUUCAUUUCAGCGAGCUAAAGUUGCAACGUGUUGCAUUUCACCUCGCAAGGUUAUCGAUUUCUAUAAAACGUUCAGUUCCCAUGAUCGUUUGUGCACAAUUGGACCAAUUCCUUGCGAUGUCCAGGAAACGUCACUUAAAAGUGCUCUUGGAGUAGCCACAGUGUUGCGGUAUUGCCGCCAUGAUAAAAGUUUCCUAAAUGAUUUACCAGGUCUUCCACUCCUACUUACACACGACCAGUAUCUCCAUUUGUUUUCGUGUGAAAAUCCCAAAUUGUUCUCACGACAUCUAGAUCUUUUACCCAGGUCACCUCACAUUUUCCUUCACAAGCUUCUUUAUAGGAGUGUUUUUGAAUGCCCCGACAAAGUAGAAUCAAGUUCUCUGAAGCAUCUGAAUGCCACCUCAUUCGUCGCCAAUCUACCUCAGACUUUACCCACAGAAACUUAUGGAACAGGACGACUUAUUCAGUGGUACCCAUACAAGAGAGAGAUACCUAACCAAAAAUGGAUAUCUGAGGUCUGGCUCUUUCUGUCCAAGCUUGUAGAAGACGGUAUUGGUAAUGCAGAAAUGAAAGAAGAGGAAAAGAUCCUUGAAAUCCAAAAAAUGCUCGCACCUUUGUUUAACUGGAGCAUUCUCCCGGUUACCGAGACAGAUGCAGCACAAAGAGAGUCACCACUGGAUUCUUUCCUUCAGGUCAGGACACAUCAUCCAACCAAACACCAUCUGUUACCUCUAAGCCUAGCAAACUUUGCGUUAGAUUUCAGUAGUGCAGAUUCCUCAAAUUCUAAACUUGUUGAUGUCUUCCGAAAGGUUGCCUUGCCCGACCUUAACUCAGGUGUACUCCUAGCCACCAGCAUAGACAUGACGUUGUCUUCAAAAUCUGUUUAUCUAGCUCGCAUGCUGGUAUCCUCUUUAAAGUCACCGACAUCACUUCUCACUUCGCUCGAAAAUAAGAUGGGCCUAGAACCACAGUCAUUGGAAGGUAGACUGGAAGUUACAGAAUGUACUACCAUCUUGGAAUACUUUAGCAAAAGUGCGACAUGCCUGAAAGACAACGAAAAGGACACCUUGAGAAGACUUCCCUUUUAUCUGGCGGCCGAUGGUGGAUUAAUAGCACUAAAUGACCGAAGGGUUUUGGUCCUACCAAGUGAAGUACCAAAGAUCGAAAUUGAUGUACUUGAGAGUGCAUUGGACAUCGUUUUUCUGGAAUCCCAGUCAAGAAUUUCUGAACUCUUCGAGUUCCUGUCGCUGGAAUCCUACUCUGAGGUUGAUUUCUAUUGUAGCUUUAUUUUGCCAAAUAUCUCUAUUUUCGGCAAAGAAGGCAGAGAAUCUCACCUGACAUACCUCCGGAAAAAGAUUUCAGAAUAUGCAAUGGAUGCCGAGAAGCAAGAGCUGUUUGGGUGUUUGAGAAAUACUCCGUUCGUUCCCUCUGCAGAUGGAAGUCUGAAGACCGCAUCCUGUUUUUAUGACCGCGAAAACAAAGUCUUUGAGAUUAUGCUUGCAAAACAUCUUUUUCCAAUGGACCCUUUCGACUCACCGGAAUGGGUGACGUUUUUACGGCAAAUAGGUCUUAUUCACAUGGUUACUAAAGAUCAAUUUAAAUCGUUUGCCACAGAAGUUGCACACGAGGCUGCAUCAACUCCAAGUGAAAAUAUCCGCAAGAAAUCUGAAGUAUUGGUCGAGCAUCUCAUCAACCGUGACAACGUAUUGGUUGAAGGAUUGUUGCAAAACAUCCGCAAUAUCCCUUUUGUAGUUGGUGAGCCAGUUAGUGAGGGUCUCCAAGCAAUUUGCUUGCCGUUUGGGGGCUUCAGAGGUCAGCAGGUUCCACAUUUUGCCUUCCAAGGGGCAGUUCCGGUCAAUUAUACCGAAACUGUUUGGACGAAAGCAAAUUUACUUCCAGAUUGGGCGAAUCCAAGGCAUCGUUUACGUGCUUUUGUUGCGGACUUUCCUUCAGAUGUUGAAAUGGAGAAAUACUGCGAUUCGUUAAUCUCCCAACUUCAGAUUCAAGAAGAGCCCUCAGUGGACCUUGUGGUCGCUCACUGCAAAACUUUGUCUUUAGAAGUUGAAAGAAACAGUGAAAAAACAAAUUCAUCGCCUGAAAGAUGUAGCACAUUAAUAGCGGUGAUGGAACGUAUCUACUCUUUCUUGAAGAUCAACCUCAUCACAGAAAGAAAUGCAAUAAAAAGUCUCGAAAAUGCACCUUGCAUUUUGGUUGAAAAUGGCAAGAAAUUCAUUCCACCUCAUCAAGCCGUCCUUGAGCUCUAUGGGAGCCAUGAGAUUAGACCAUUCCUGUAUGGAAUUCCUAGGGAAUUUGGUAAGUUUUAUCAUUUGUUCCAGGCGCUUGGCUGCUCCAGAUCUGUCACUGUGGUCCACUAUGCUAUGGUGUUAGACCAACUGUACAAGAGGUGCCACAGUUGCAAACUGGACCCGAAUGAAGUAAACAUGUGCAAAAAAGCAGUCCAAGGGUUCUUUAAUAAAGUUCAGCAAAAUAAUGAAGGAGUGAAUUCCAUUGCACAUCUCUACCUACCGGGAUUGACUCUUACAAGCGUCGGGACAGAGAGUACUGACAAUGUAAUACCUCUCUAUUUGCAAAGGUCAUCGGAGCUGAUUUUCAGUGAUGUCCCGGCCUGUAUCCGAGAUCGAUUGCAUAGUUUCCGAAAGAACCUCCUACUUGAUCUUCGCCUCAUGAGGGUGACCUGCCAUACUACGAACAUUAAUUACAAAGAGCUGGUAGAGAAGUUACCAAAGUAUUUGCGCCCAAAACUGCUGUCCAGUGUUGUCGAAGAAAAAAUUACUUCUUCAACUGUCGAAAAUCUAACGAGUACUGCAAUAACCCACUUUAGAUAUCAGCUUUCAUCUCCGCAGUUCUUUUGCGGCAUUGCGAGACUAAUUCGAGACGAGAACUGUAGACUAGAAAGAGAGGGCGAUGACAGCACGAUUGCAAACAUCAAGACAAGGCUUCGCAGCAUCGAGGUUUAUUCCGUAUACGGUCUCAAAACUACACUUUUCUGCGACAACGAACCCAUCCCAGCUAGCGAGGCAAACGUUCCGUACUUCGUGGAGAAAGGGUUGGUUUCCGGCGAGGAAAAAUCAAGAGUAUACGUCAAUGCUAUGAUGGGAGCAAAUGAAGAAAGCAUGACAACAUUGUUGGUAUCUAGCGUGGUCGAGGACAUAUGCGAAACUCUUCUUGGACGGAGGGCCUUAUUUAUUUCUUAUAUGCUGGCAUGUCCCCUUGGCGCCAUAUGGUCCCAUCUAGAUAGAUUGGGUGUUCGACCAGAUGACUCGUUUUCUGCAGAGGAGCUGGAAAUUCUGCCUGAACCUGGCAGCUUUAUCCCCCAAGAAGACCACCAUUGCUUAAAUGACGACUUUGAAGAGUUUGAACCUGACGAUUUUGUUGGAUAUGAACUGCAUGACCCAAGCGUAGUUGGAGAACAAGGAGAUGCUACUUACAUAUAUGCUAUAAUUAUAGAAGAAGUUAGAACUGAAUGCAACAGCCGGCUGAGAAGACGUUACAGAAUCAACAUUGGAAAUGGCCAAAAUGAAAUUGUCGAUGUUACGGAUCUGUACAAAUUCCAUCGUUUGACCGAGUCAUCUCUAUCUGCGACUGUCGCGUGUGAUAGGCCUAGGCAGCUCCCCAAGCCAAGAAACAGACAGAGGAUUUUCGAAGAGAUCUCAGACCGUCUGGAGGAGGCGUGGACAUCGCCUGAUGACAUAAGACGAAAAAUAAUCAAGCGGCUGUAUUUGCGGUGGCACCCUGAUAAAAACGUAGGCGAUGAGGAAUUCUGCAAAGAGGUAUGUCAGCACAUAGAGAGCGAAGUUUCAAGGUUAGAACUAGGAGACCCACGAGACAGGUCCGACCGGGGGUUGUUUGGUUUGUGGACAGUGCGUGCAAGGGAACACAACAGGACGCGCAAGGGAUACAGACCACGAUAUCAAAGAAAAAAUCCUCAACCAAAGGAGGCCAGGCGUUGGUUCAAACAAGCUGUUGCAGAUAUCGAGGCAGUGAGCAACGAUAUCAUUUACGAGAGACCUUCUUAUGAGUGGGCAUGCUUUAAAUGUCACCAGGUAAGAGUAAUCUUCCGUUAUAAUCAUUAUAAUAUUCCGCCAUUAUUUUUCCAAUGCUGUGGUAUAGCACUUGAUGAUAUGAUCAAAUUCCUUUAGCUAAGUAUAGCCAUUCCUUUUAUUCUUAACGUAUCUCUUUGUACGGUUUUGAACGGUCUUUUCAAGCCGAACCACUCAAGUGAAACUAAGAAUAAUCUUUAAAGUACUUUUUCAUCGAUGUUUUUCUCCCAAAAUAACUAGUAUUCUUUAGCGAGAUUCUGUACACUAAGUGGUUAAUUAUGGCACAAAGUGGCGUUGUGUAUUGUUGAAUACACUACCCAUAAUCUGUGGAACCUGUCUGAGGCGGUCAACCUGCAUUAGAGUUCAA